AUGGGUCGUCUUCACUCCAAGGGCAAGGGCAUGGCUGCCUCCGCGCUCCCCUACUCUCGCGCUCCCCCCGCGUGGCUCAAGACCACCCCCGACCAGGUUGUCGACCAGAUCUGCAAGCUGGCCAAGAAGGGUGCCACUCCUUCCCAGAUCGGUGUUGUUCUCCGUGACUCCCACGGUGUUGCCCAGGUCAAGAUUGUGACCGGUAACAAGAUCCUCCGUAUCCUCAAGUCCAGCGGCCUCGCUCCCGAGCUUCCCGAGGACCUCUACUUCCUGAUCAAGAAGGCCGUCGCUGUCCGCAAGCACCUCGAGCGCAACCGCAAGGACAAGGACUCCAAGUUCCGCCUCAUUCUCAUCGAGUCCCGUAUCCACCGUCUGUCUCGCUACUACAAGACCGUCGGUGUCCUUUCCCCCACCUGGCGUUACGAGAGCGCCACCGCCUCUACCCUUGUCGCAUAA